AUGAACAAAAUGAGUGGACGUUACCCGUCCGAAAUUCCGUCCAUGAUGGACAACGUAUCCCUGUACCUCUUCUCUCAAAACCCGAGUAACUCUUCCCCAUCCUCUUCAUUCUCUCAACAUCCAAGCACCGUACUCAUCCGUCAUCUUUCUGCUACCGCCCCGUCUAUAAAUAUACCCCCGGCCGCGGGACCCGGACCCUGUUACCCACAUCAUCAGCAUGUCCGCACCGACCCGAUACCCGUUCUCUGCCAUCACAUAAACAGACACGGCGAUUGUGACGAUGAUGGCUAUCCAUCUUUGCCAGGGCUAGUUUGUUUUGCACGGGAAAGACUGGGCGUAAAUUCGCGAAUUGUUUUAAUGAACUACGAAACCGGUCCCAGUGUAAAGUGUGAAAUGUUAAAAAAAUCUAUCUAUCUAUCUAUCUAUCUAUCUAUCUAUCUUCUGUUCGUAUCUAUCUAUCUAUCUAUCUAUCUAUCUAUCUAUCUAUCUAUCUAUCUAUCUAUCUAUCUAUCAGUCUGUUCGUAUCUCUCUCUCUCUCUCUCUCUCUCUCUCUCUCUCUAUCUAUCUAUCUAUCUAUCUAUUUGA